CUUAUCUUUAUAUUACAUGCCACACCCCCUUCCCUCCGACGUCAAUACGGACAAUAACUGGGGAUGAACGCGGGCUAAACUACUCUGACUAAUAACAACAUUGAUGCGGGUCGGGGGGGACGGGGGCUAUAUAAUUAGGAACUAGCUUAAUUUUCUGCGAGUGUCUUAGCUUUUGCCAGCGCUGUAAGUUUACAGGAAGUUCUUCAGCAGAUCCAGCAAUAAUAUUAUUACCAUCAUCAUCCAUGAAAGGGAAAUUUUGAAACAGCUGCAAAGUGGGAGAAUCUGAAUCCAAGCCUGAAAAAGGCAAAUAAUUUCAAAACUUUAUGCAAGACUUUGCGUGUGUUUAUAGUUGAUUCAAGUUCAAGUGGCAGUUGAGAGUUUUCAAUUCAACAUCUAUUAUAGUCAUAGAGCUAGAGAACUUUAAAUUUGCCUGCAGCCCAAUGCCUGCACCCCCUCCCCCCUCUCCCCCGCCCACCCUUCCAACGUUAGAAACAAUUUAAUUUGGCCUCGAUUUGACUUUUCUUGUGAACACCACAAUAUGGCGGGAGUAAUCAAGUUCGUGCAAAUGAUAUUGGAUGCGAAUGCAAUCUGGGCUUUAAGGAUCCCUGUGUGAAGUAAGUUUAUUAAGUUUUUAAAUAUCUACAACGGCCAAUGAGGUGUAUACACCUCAUUGACAACGGCUCAUUUUCUUUCUUGUCUACUAAAAUUUUCCAGUGUCGUUUUUUCUUCAAACUUCUAACUCCACAAAUUAGGUACUUACAUUUUUAUUUUUUAGGAUAGCAUCCAGACGAUCCAACCUAAGAAUAGCAAAUUCAAAACUUUUUAAUAAUUUCCCGUAAAAGACUCCUUUUCUUCCAUCCUUAAAAAUUGAUUCUAGCUAAAAAUGGCGAAUAUAGCCCAAAGAGUUUGGGGAAGGGGCUAGUAGGGGGCCAGCUUUAAGUCAGAGGGCCCAAAGUUAUCUUUUCCUUUGUGUGUGGUUUAGUAGAAUGUAAAGUUGUUCAUAAGUUCAGAAUACGAAUUUAUGUCUUUAGAUAAUUGUAUCGGAUAAUCGGAGCCUUCUAACAAAGAUAUUACUUUCUUUGGAGUAUAUAAAUGGAGCUUGGUGUGGGGCAUACCCAGGGGCGUCGCGACCGGGGGUUGUAGGGGUGUCACACCCCCCUCCCCCCAAUAGUAUCUCAAUAGGAAAUUUCAGGUAAAACCCGCUCGGUGGAAGAAGCACUUUAGGUAUUUUAGAGACCUUCAUGUCACAAAAUCAAUAGAGGAUCAAGCAAAGGUAGUUGCUCCGUUGGUUAAAUAUGAUAUUCCUUGAUAUGAAUGAAGGUAAACAAACUAAUGAUUUGAAGCUUUGAAGAUUUCUUGUUGGCACUAAAUCGAAAAAUCCAGGCCCUCUUUAGGUAAAAUUGUGUCUUGUGUCCAUUUCCCCUAAAGUUUUUCAGUAGAAGCGUCAACUGCAAUUCACUAUGAGCUCCAGAUUUUUUUUAACAUUCAAAAGGCAUGCUAAGAAGGAAAGAGGGAUCUAAAUUGACAACCAGCGCUGCUUGUUACCUAGCUUCAGAGGUAACUGACAACAUAGUAUUUCUCAAGACCACGGCCUCAAGACAACAUAGUAUUUCAUCUGCUGUUCAAUUUGUUUGCAAAAAAUAUAUUUUCAAUAGGAUUAGGAGGAUUGCUUAAGUGAAAUGUGCUUGUAAGAGUGCAUUUUCCAGGGAACUAGAAGCAUCAAAAUUUUGAAAAUUUCCUGCUCCUUCCGCGGCAACCAUCGUGCCCCCUCGGGUAGUAACUAUAUGCAAAGGUUUGUGCACAGCAGCUGAAGAAUUCAGGCAAAAAUUUUUUAAUCAAGUAAAUUUGAAGUCGACACCCCCCCUCCCUACAAGGCUUGCCUCGUGACGCCCCUGGACCUACACAGUGUACCCCAUACCAGGUGUAGUAUCUUGAGAUACUAUUGAAAAAAAAGAGAAUCAAAUUUUGUUUAAACUUGCAGUAAAAUCUUAAUGUAGUUUGAUGCGAUGGUUAUCAUGCCUAGAGUCAAACUCAUCAACAAACAUUUCUAGAUCUAUUGAAAUGAGGCAGGUCAUUAUUUUUGAAAACCUUUUGUCAAAAGAAGCAUCACCUGCUUGCCAGACAACAUUUACUGUUUCAGCAAGUAACCUCUUUAACCUGUGUCCAUAGCAGUGUACUAUUUUUUGUGAGAACCAAUAAAUUCAAGUUGAGGCUGACUAUUUUUUGGAAAACCAGAGGCUGGAUUGUCGUUAAUUUGUGCUCAAAUUAAUAGGGUGUAAGCAGUGUGAUUUUUAGCUUUUUCGCUCAAGGGAGGUGUUCAGGCCUCAUUGGCCAACAAAGUGAGUGGGACAACCUUCAUUUACCAAAAAGUUUGAUUAUUCAUCAAAAAGCAAUGUUUCAUGUUACAUUAAUAUUACGCUGUUUCAAGGUUGGCCACGCGAAUAACAAGGAUGAGUUAUGAAUCUGUUCUUUACCCGGUAGAUUCGGCAUUUUUUAUGUUUACUCUCCAUACUCAGUAAUAGACAAAAAUGAAAAAUCAAUGAUAGUCGAUGGUAUUUAUGAUUCUUUUCAUUUUCAUUUCGAUUCGAUCCUCUUCGCACCUCGACACGUUAAACUUUUAACGAUUCAUUGGCAGACUCAAACAAGUGAGAACCAAAUCCCAGAUUACAAUGUUUCAAGGUUGGCCACGCGAAUAAGGAGAAUGAUUACCAGAAAAUGAAAUCAUAUGGAAAGCAAAGGUUAUUGGCUAUUCCCUUGGAGCUUUCAGAAUGUACUCUUUCUUUUUCUCUAUGAAUGUUUGUCUUUAUACUGUCAGGAGCAUUUUUAUUUUUCUUUCUUUUCUGAUCCAAAGCCACACUCUUCUCUUUGUCUCGCCCCUGCUAGUUUCAGGGAAAGCAGAGGCUUAAGGAUAGCCCUUCAUAGCAUUCGGAGUGUACUCUAUCUUUUAAUUCAUGAAUCUUUAUCUUUAUAUGGCCCCUGCUUUAAAGUUUUGCCCCUGCUAGUUUCAUCGACUCUUUAUCAAAUCAUAUGGAGAGCAGAGGUUUAAGGCAAGCCCUUCAUAUCAUUCAGAAUGUACUCUAUCUUUUAAUGUAUGAAUGUUUUUGGUGGUUUCAGUUCAUUUCAGAUGAUUUCAGGUGCCAAGAAAUUUGCGCAUGCUCAUAGCGGAAUUUCAAACGUCUUUUUUGCGUUUCUGUGAGGACGGUUAUAUUUUUGAAAACGCUCAUGGUGUUGAUGCAUAUUCAUUUGAAUUUCAAACGGAUAACAAUAAUUCCGUUCUUAAAAAUAUCCGGAACCGUGUGGAUGUGGACUGGGUCUAAAGGCAAGUCAUGGGCAAUUCUUUACGUAGGGUUGAUAAAUUGAAAGUAAAAAUUUUACCGACAAUAACUGCACCGAAAUGUCCAGUGCUCGUGGAUCAAAGGAUUCAGAUUAAAGUGAAAAAUUUGAGCCCAUUUCAAAGUGUAACCUUGCGAGUUGAGCUCAAUUCUGACAAAUCAGAGCUUUUUGAAUCAUAUGGACACUACAUCGCAGACAAAGAUGGAGAGCUGAAUUUGUCACGAGAUUCUUCUUUUGGAGGUACCUACAAAGGCAUUGACAACAUGGGUUUAUUUUGGAGCAUGUUAGCAGUACCAGGACAACGAAAAGGGGUCAGGUUUAUUGCAGGAGAUGUCACUAAACCGAUGGAAUUUAGGGUUUUCUUGUUUGACAGGCACGUUAUGUCUCAAGGGAAUGCAGAUAGCCCGAAGCAAGCCGUGGAAAAGCUUCCUGAGCCUCUAGCAAAGACGAAAAUUUUACGAACAUAUCUGGCUGAUCAUGUGGAACGCAAGGAGAUAAGUGUUGGCCGCAUAAGGGGGACGUUGUUUGUUCCAAAAAGAAGCAGAAAGUUACCAGGUGUCAUUGACUUGUUUGGGAUUCAUGGGGAUCUAAUUGAGUCUAGGGCAGCCAUUUUGGCAUCUCAUGGAUUUGUCACGUUUGCAUUAGCCUAUUUUGGAUACAAAGAUCUGCCUAAAAGCCCAAACAACAUUGAUUUGGAGUAUUUCAUCGAAGCUCUAAAAUGGUUUGCAAGUCAUGAAAGGGUUUAUUCAUCUGGCAUUGGAUAUAUAGGUUCUUCAGCUGGCGGUCAGAUUGCUUUGCAGAUUGGCGCAGAGUAUUCCCUGGUGAGGGCUGUUGUUGGUAUUUCUACGGCUGACAUUUUGGCAAUUACACUUAAAUACAAGGGGGAAGUUAGGGGCUUAGAUGGGGGAUUCAAACCGGAACAUGCCCAUAUAAAUGAAAAGAAUGAAGUUGUUUCUAUAGACAUUGACAAACUGGACCCUGUUGAAUUUCGAAACAGCAAGAAUCCAGUUGAAAAAGUCGAAGGGAAGAUCAUGCUGGUCACAGGAGAUGAUGACAUGUGUCCUAAUAUGUCUGAUUGUGCAAGGAGAAUGCAGAGGAGGCUAAAUGAACAUGGCAGAGAGUCUGCAACUAUUCUUCAUUAUCCAGGCACCGGGCAUUUAAUCGAAGUUCCUUUUAUGCCAAUGUGUCGCAUUGCUUACUAUUCAUAUUAUAAAGUUUAUGUUUUAUGGGGAGGGAAUGUAAUUGAGCAUUCUUUGGCACAGCAGCAUGCAUGGAGAGCUAUCAGAAGAUUUCUCUUGGAAAAUGUAUGAGAUUCAUCUUCUGAAUUACAAUCGUAUCAAUAAAACUGGAAUCUUACCACUUGGGAAAUAAAAAUUUAAUUACCUACAGUUACUAGCUUCAAGAAAGAAAUCUUAAAGAAAACAAAUGAUCGCAUCAAUCAUAUUCAUUUUCAUAUAAAGAUCAAGGUUUUCCAGAUGAAGACUAGUGUUUUGCAGAUAAAGCUAGGGCUUUUCAAAUAAAGGCUAGGUGUUUUUCAGAUUAAGACCAUGUAUUGUUCAUUGUUAAUAUAAGCGCUAUCCACAAGUUACUCAAAAUUUCAUGAAAAGUUGCCUGUCGAAUAUAAAGAAGUUGCUUAAAAGUUGCCUGUUUUUGAAUAAACUCUUGCUCGAUUACUUUAAAGCUAUUCAUAGAAUUGAUUUUCAAAAAAAGCAAAUAAAUUGUUUAAA